AUGACAGACUACUCAUGCACUCCAUGUCUCCACAGGAGGUGCAGCAUAGACUUAUCCUCCUUCCGCCAACUUCGGAGUCUGACUUGGAAGGCCCCAAACCCUAUCCACCUUGACGCUCUGUUUGUCGCCAUCCGGGCCAAUUCUGUACAUUUGCAGACGCUGGAGUUGGACUUCGUCAACUGGGAAGACACAUGGGAUUUUCUGGCUAGCGAUAAUGCCGGUGAUCACGAGGAUACUGCCGCGCAAAAUUUUCUUGUCCAAGGACUUCUCGGGCCGGACCGUCGAUUAUCGCCCCUUGUCUUACCGGACAUCCAUGAUCAGCUUUGA